UCAUAUUUAAUUCGAGUUGUUAUCGGUCAUUGUCAUAACUUUGUGUUUUGGCUGACUAGACAGCAAUGCCUGUGACAUUCGUUAAAUAAUUUACUACUUAGAUAGUUUCUUAUUAGCUUAACUAUUACAAAACAAGCAAACAAACAGGAAACAAAAAAAAACUAUUUGUAAUAUUUUUUAUAAAAUUAAGUAUAAUUUCUUUUAAACGGAAACUUAUUAAACAUGAAAACAGGAUUGGUCCUUUAUAUUUUAUUGUUGGCGUGCUUUCAAGGAAUAUACGCCAGACCAGCCCGCCGUUCUUGUGCCAACUUUAACCCGUUCUGCAGAUGUCCUCAGUACGAAAAUGGUUGUUAUACAUGCCCGGCCACCUGCCCAUCAGCUGCAGGUUCAGCGACCAGCAGCAUUGCUUUUCAUCCUGGUAUGAAUCCCGAGAUACAUACCAAUCCACCAAGCACAUCUGGCACUUCCGGUACCACGCAGACUCAAGCCCCUUCUAAUACCCCGUCAUCGCAUUCAACUAACAGCCCCACCAGUCCUACCCAAUCGUCAAGUACUUACAAAUCUGCACAAACACCAGCGCCCAGUAGUUCUCCGUCCGCACAAGGAAGCGGAUCAUCUUCCACGGGAAACCAUGAACUUGUAUGUCCCCCAUUACCGUCCUGCCCAGAUGCCACGAAGAUAACAUAUGAUGACAACAAUUGCGCUAUAUGCUCCAGCACAGGAAACCCUAGCCGACCUAUUUCCAAUACAAACGGCUGUCCACCCUUCAGCAUGCCGGUGACAGAUUGCCAUAUAGAUCGGAAUGGAUGCUUGCUAUGUCAAGGAUCAAUCGUAACAACAACUACACCAUUGACAACCCCAACAACAACGCAAACAAGUACUCGGUCAACAACAACGAAAUCCACAACACGACCCACUACCCCUACUCUAUUAACAACGAAACAAACAACAACAAGACCAACAACACCUACACCAAUAACUACGAAAUCUACUUCGCUGACAUCUUCCACAAUUACUGCAGCAAAAACAACAACGCAACAGUCGGCCAUUUCAGCAAGUUCUGUAACAUCACCAACAACACCAUCUACCUCUAUGACUACUGCUAAAGGUAGUAUAGCAGCAACAAAAGCAUCUACUACUACCGGUAGUUCAGCAGCAACAACAACUUCUACUACUACAGUUACUUCAGCAGCAACAACGUCUACUACUUCAGGUAGUUCAGCAGCAACAACAGUUUCUACUACUAGAGUUUCUUCAGCAGCAACAACGUCUACUACUUCAGGCAGUUUAGCAGCAACAACAGUUUCUACUUCUACAGUUACUUCAGCAGCAACAACGUCUGCUACUCCAGGUAGUUCAGCAGCAACAAAAGCUGCUACUACUUCAGGUAGUUCAGCAGCAACAAGAGCUUCUACUACUGCAGUUACUUCAGCCGCAAUAACUUCUACUACUUCAGGUAGUUCAGCAGCAACAAAAGCUGCUUCUACUUCAGGUAGUUCAGCAGCAACAACAGCUUCUAUUACUGCAGGUUAUUCAACUGCAACGCCAGGAAAUACAUCAACACACGGAAGCUCAGCCACAACCGGAAGUACAAUAGUUAUGGCACCUCCGACAUUCACGACGAUCCCAAUACGCGCUGUUACAACGGCCUGUCCCCAGAUGCAAUGUUUGUUGGACUGUGGAAGCCCUCCGAAGUUUAUAAAAGAUACGAACGGGUGCGAUCUCUGCCAAUGUGACUUAAGCCCUUAAUACGUUGGUACAUGAAUCACUUAAUUAGGCAAAAUAAAAGAUUACACUAUCGCA